AUGAAAAAAGAAAAAAAUAAAAAAGAGGAUAAAGCAAGGCCUAAAAUUGAAAAAAGAGUAUCUCAACAUAUUAAGGGGGAGAACUUUUAUAGAGAUGCAAAGAAAGUCAAAUGGGUUAGACUUUUAAAAAGUGGAAAAGCUAAGAGAAAUAAGAAGGGAAAAAUAAUUAAACCUGGAGAAUUUCAGUCAAAAGAUAUACCAGACGCAAGAAUACAACCAGAUAGGCGUUGGUUUAACAAUACACGAGUUAUUUCUCAAGAUGUACUGAAUAUGUUUCGUGAAUCAUUUACAGAAAAAUUAAAUGAUCCCUAUAAAGUUUUGCUUAGACAGAAUAAGCUUCCAGUAUCUCUUCUUAGAGAGCCUACAAAAACACGUAAAGCAAAUAUUAUUGAUGUAGAACCUUUUGAUGAUACAUUUGGUCCAAAAUCAAAAAGAAAACGCACGAAAUUAUAUACGUCGUCAAUGGAAAAUCUUUCAAAUUUUGCUUCUGAAUCAUAUGAAAAUUAUAUUAAAAAAAACUGCGAAUAUGAAAAUGUUAAUAAAAAUAUUCAAAAAUCGUAUGAUAAAAUUUUUUCAAAGGGAACAUCUAAAAGAAUAUGGAAUGAGCUUUAUAAAGUCAUUGAUUCAUCUGAUGUGAUAAUACAAUUAUUAGAUGCCCGUAAUCCAUUGGGUACUAGAUGCAAACAUAUUGAAGAAUAUCUCAAGAAAGAAAAACCUCAUAAACAUAUGAUUUUUCUUUUAAAUAAAUGCGAUUUAAUUCCGACAUGGUGUACUAGAGAAUGGAUUAAACAAUUGUCAAAAGAAUAUCCUACUUUAGCAUUUCAUGCCUCAAUAAAUAAUCCAUUUGGAAAAGGUAGCCUUAUUCAAUUAUUACGGCAAUUUUCAAAAUUGCAUUCCAAUAGGCGUCAAAUUUCUGUAGGAUUUAUUGGUUAUCCUAAUACUGGAAAAUCUUCUGUGAUAAAUACUUUAAAAUCUAAGAAAGUAUGUAAUACAGCGCCUAUUCCAGGUGAAACAAAAGUAUGGCAAUAUGUUCGUAUGACUUCAAAGAUAUUUAUGAUUGACUGUCCUGGUAUUGUACCACCAAACAGCAAUGAUAGUGAAACAGAAAUUAUAAUUAAAGGUGUUCUUCGAAUAGAAAAAGUCUCAAAUCCGGAACAGUAUAUUCGUGCUAUCUUAAAUCUUUGUGAAACUAAACAUCUUGAAAGAACUUAUCAAAUUUCAGGAUGGGAAAACGAUUCUACAAAAUUUCUAGAAUUGUUAGCUCAAAAAACAGGAAAACUACUUAAAGGUGGAGAAACUGAUGAAUCAAGCAUUGCAAAAAUGGUAAUUAAUGAUUUUAUACGCGGAAAAAUACCAUGGUUUAUAGCACCUGUUCAAGAAAGCAAACUAUCAAACAUUGAAUUAUCCAAUAAUACACUUGUCGAAAAAACCAUUUAA